AUGCCGCCCUUCUGGGCUGCAGGGCCAAAGGAAGAGCCCAGCGCGGUACUGCUCGAGGACUACGCAGAGGACCCGGACGCAAAGACGCGGCCACCGCCUUCUCGAAGUAGCAGGGCGGCCUUUGCGGCAACGGCAGCACCGCGACGCCAGGAUCGCAAUACACUGCCUGCAGCUGUGGUGAAGACGGAUCCACGGCGGGAGCGUGAAUUUGCAAACCGGCAGUGGCCUCUGCCAGUAGCAUGA